AUGACGUCGCUCUCGCAGUAUGCUUCACGCUUCCUCUCAUCCGGUCUCGCCACCUCUGUUCGUCCGGGUGUGGAUGCCGACCACGACGCCAACGAUCCAAGCGAUCCGCUCUUCUACAGCCACGCUUCGGUCUCGGGUGCUCCCUUCUCGCAUCCCAACGCCCGUCACAACCCUUACGGUCCAGAGUACAGUCUGUCCAGCUCCGAUGGCCUUCCUACACCACCAGCACACGCCAGAUCUGGCGCACACAGCGGCAUACUUCACAGCCUCACCGGCGCCAGUCGCUUCGGUCCCGCCUCUUUCCUCGCUUCGGGUCGAGGUAGACCGGCCCAUGGUGCCGCAUACGGUAUUCGCGACUCGCUCAUCCGUGAGAUCGACGACGAGGACGAUGUCGAUCUCUGGCGCGACGAUCGACGCAUGCCGCGUCUAGCUUCUCGUCUGGCAGAGAGCUCCCUUUCCGAAGACCUCGCAGACAGCUUGGACGCCUCUGCAAGUGCCCUCGCUGCGCAGCAAAGCUCAGCAGCGCCGCCCGCCGCCACACCCUCCUCAUCCUCGGUCAUGAAUGCUGUGCCAUCGACCUCAAGAACGACGAGCGCACCCCGUCGGAGCGCGGCGAAUGACGCACAGGAUCCUUUUCUUGCUGAUGGUGAUCUCGAUGACGUUGCCAGCCAGCACAGCCUUGCCAGCACCAAGGAUCACCGCUCCUCUGACGAUCGUUCAGUCCAAGCGUCGGCAGACCCUCAACAUCUCUACGCACCCACUGGAAGCUCAAACUCAUCGACUGCAGAGCAAACCCAGCGACGACAAGCUGCGAGGGCACGAGGCUGGCUCGCCCACGGAUCCACCAUCGAUACUGACCCAGCAGCCCCUGCACGCGACUUGGCGCAUCAAAAUCCUCGCUACGACCCUUCUUCCUCGAGCCUCUACUCUCAGCAAGCACGCACACAGGACAGGAGCCACUUGGAAGAUUCUUCGAUGUACUCAAACUCCCCGAGGGUCAACCAGGCUCGUGCCAAACCCUCCCGCUCUCGUCGCAGCCGCACCGAAGGUCUUUUCAGCAUCUACGAUGAGCGUGAAGAGGACGAUGACGAGCAACGAUCCGAUAUGUCCCGCUCCAGAUCCGGAUCCGUGUCAGCCUCCUCCGUAACAGAGUCUGAGUACGACACCGAGGGCGACGGACGUCACCCGCAACGCAGUCGUCGGGCAUCGCGCAACCGAGCUCGUCAGAUGACAUCCACCUUGCGCGAGCCUCUGCUUCCCUCUGGCUCUGGCAGCGCACGCCCGUUGAGGAUCGCGGUCAGGCACAGCUCCGAGUCGGACGCAUCUGACCUCGAUGCCCAGUCUCGCCGCACCUGCCGCCAUUCCAAGCAGAAUCGCUCGCUUCGUAGCGAUUCCAGGCCCAACGCCAGCAAGCGCGAAGCCGACACCAUCGAUGAAAUUCACCUUUAUCCCGCCCCUCCUGCUCGAGCAGGAUGGGGUCCGUGGGCCAAUCGCCUUGCGUUUGGCAAGUACCGCGACAAGACGGCCAUAGCCAGCUUUGCGGCUGCCAUCGGUGCGACCAUUCUCAUUGGCGCCUAUCUCAGCUGGGGCGCCGGCACCCCGUCGCAGCCCAAGACACCAAAGACACGACCAUCAUCGUACUACACCAUCACUCGCUCCUUUCCUAUCUUGAUCCUGCUCACGCUGCUGUCCUUUGGCGCUGGUCUCGCCAAUCUGCUCCUUCUCCGCAACCUCAGCCGCUACGGAGGCGCCAAGGUGCUCCGGACUGGUCUCAUGGGCGUCCCCAUCGUGCUCGGUCUCGGGUGGGCCUGGGCAUUCGCCGGCAGUUUCAUCUACGACGAUGAAGCCUGGUCCGGAGGCAGCUGGAGCACAACUGGUCUGCGAAUUAUCUCGAUCGUUCCGCUGGCGCUCGCCGUGCUCUUUGCUCGCAUGGUGUGGCAGCGUCGCAAGGCGCUCUCUAGAUCGAUCGCGGUCCUUGAGCUAUCGUGCAACGUGGUGCUGCAGCACCCGGCUCUGCUUGUUUUGGCGUUGGCGUCGCUCGGUGCCUUUGCGCUGAUCACGAUCCCUUUCCUUUUCCUCUUCACGCGGCUCUUCCUCGUGGGCCACUUUGGGCGACAGGUCGGUGACUCGAUGGAGUGGCAGACCGAUGCAAAGGCCGCUUGGCUCGCCUGGGCUACCCUGUGCGCCUGGCUCUGGACGUGGGCUGUCUUGCGCGGCGUGCAGCGCGUGACUGUGGCAGGGGUGGUCAGUCACUGGUACUUCCAUCGCAUCGGCGAGGGGGACACUGCAGGUACCGAUACUGCAGCUGACGCGGGACCUUCAACUGGUGGUCUAGCCGGCCCAAGCGGCGUCAGUGAUGGACGCGCGCAGUCCUUCGACAAGCGACGGGCGGACGAGCAGCUCGCAAACGAUACCAUCUUUGACGGCGACUCAAUCUACGACGAAGUGCCGGGUGCCCCUGGUUCGUACCCGCAGCAAGGGCGUCCCACCACGAUGCGUCGACACGCGGCGCCGGACCCGACCGAAGUGGUUCGAGUCUCCUUUGCAAGGGCGACGGGACCAGCGCUCGGCUCUAUCUGCAUGUCGGCUCUGGCCCUCGCCGUUGUCAAGGCCCUCACCGUGGUGGCAGAGGUGGCUCGUCGAAUUUCGGACGCUACUACGCAGCGCAGGGUGCCCAAGCUGCUACAGCCUCUGACGCACGUCGUUGUGGCUCUGGCCGGUUUGGGUGCCGUGCUGCAGAGCUACAGCGAACUGGCGCUGGUCUAUGUCGGAGUGACGGGGGACGGAUUCUGGACAGCAGCCAAGAAGAGCGCUCAGCUAGUCAGUAGGAGGGGAGUACAAGGUGUUAUGGAGGGGCUCGUGAUUAACCUUGUGCUGGACCUGACCGCCAUCGCUCUGUCGUUCCUCGCUGGUCUGGUGGGCUUCCUGUUCUCGGCGCAUCAGCUGCACGUUCCUGCCGAUGCGCCGCUGGUGGGACUGCUGUGCGGCUUGCUCCCGUACUGGACGUUGCGACUGUGCGCGGACGUGCUCAGCAACGCUUCGGACACGCUCUACCUCUGCUAUGCUAUCGAUCACGCAUCGAACGACGAACACUGUCCAAAGGCGGCGGAAGCGUUCACUGCCAAGCCGACGGAUGUUUCUGAUUCGAUCCUUCCCUUUUGA